GAUACCAUCGUCUCAAACGACAAAUUUUGUAAUCUUUAUCUAAUCAACACAACGGCGUGGUCGGCUUUGAAGCAUGUCACUGUCACGCAUUCCCCUGUGUUAGGAAAAGAUAGUGUGUAGGGGUGGUUACGAAUGCAGGGAUUUCUUAUGACCGUGUAGUGUACAAAUGAGUUUUGUUGUUGGUAACGACGUUAGAAAUAUGCAAUGUGGUUCUCUCUGUUAUCUUCUAAUAGUGGUGUGUUUCAUGGCAUUGUUUAUGUUUGGUUUUUUCCCGACGUCAUACUUGCAGUCCCGUAAGGCAACAAAAGAUGAUAUUCCUUAUUUUGUCGGCAAUACUAGGGUGAAUGCAAGUGCUUUAUACAAACCGCUUGUAAAAAAAUUGAUAAUAAUCAUAAUAGAUGCCUUAAGAGUGGACUUUGUUGAAGGGGAAACUGGGCUGAGAAACAUGCCUUACACUGCAUCUUUGAUUAAAGAAAGUGCGGCAUGCCAGUACGUAGGAAGAGUUAGCCCACCCACAGUAACAAUGCCAAGGAUUAAGGCUCUUACAACAGGUUCAGUGCCCAACUUCAUUGAUGUUAUCCUCAAUUUUGGUAGUAGUGCUGUUACUGAUGAUAACCUGUUACAUCAGGCAGUCAGCAAUGGACUGAAGAUUGUCUUCUAUGGUGAUGACACUUGGCUGAAACUUUACCCAGACAAAUUUGUAAGAAGUGAGGGAACUUCAUCAUUUUUUGUAUCUGAUUUCUGGGAGGUUGAUAGCAAUGUUACACGUAACUUACCAUCUGAACUGAAUUCCGAUGACUGGAGUAUAAUGGUACUCCAUUAUUUGGGCUUAGAUCACAUUGGACAUGUUGAGGGACCAGAAAGCCAUCAUAUAAGAACAAAACUUAAUGAAAUGGACAGUGUUGUACAAAAAAUACAUGAACAGUUUGUUGUCAAGAAUACCAAUGGAGGAAAACCAUCUCUCAUGGUUAUCUGUGGAGAUCAUGGAAUGAAAGAUUCUGGUGGUCAUGGUGGUGCAUCACUACCUGAAAUAACAGUACCAAUUAUUGCUGUGGGGCAGAGUUGUGUACAGAGAUAUUCCAGGUUGGAUAGUACCUCGAUGUAUGUGUGGCAAAAGCAAGCCAUGUCUGUUUUCCCUGGGUCAGCAGAUCCAAUAUUAAAAUGUGGAUUUAUGGACGCAAAACAGAUAAUCUGUACUGACAGGCGUCGUCCACAUUGCAGCGCAGUUCCUACAUUGUCUGCUCUUCUGGGUGUUCCUAUACCAGCGGGUAAUCUGGGGAAGACCAUAUACGGACUGUUGCAUCACCUACCAACAAACAAACAGUUGUAUUUGUUAUAUUAUAAUGCUCAACAAAUGGCUGAGUUAUUUGGAAAAACCUUUGAGAUAACAGAAUCAGAUUGUCAUUCAGAAUAUCAAAAAGCUAUUCAGCUUCAUGAGAAAUGGUUAAUUUAUGAAGAAGAAGAAAAGAACACAGCCAUUGAAACAACCAUUGCAGCAUAUUACUCUGCACUGUCAUGCAUGGGUUUCAAACUUACGGAGUCACUGAUAAAGUAUGACAUCCACACAAUCUGUGUUGCCAUUGGGGUGUUGUUGCAGAGCACAAUCGUACUAUUUAUUUUUCCAUGUUCGAGACUGGUGAGCUUUAAAGUUGUGCCCACAAGAAUAUUGGUUUUAAGUGUCUUGGUCGUUGUGCUUAAUUCUGCGUGCUGCAUCCACAGCCCUGACAGUUUUCUCUGCACACCAAGCACCAAAUCAUAUUUUGUGCGACUUUUUGCUGCGUUAUUGACAUCAUUCAAUAUAGUCAUGAUAAGAGAGUGUCUCCAGCAUAGAUCUAAGUUGAUGGUAAAAUGUGAAAAUCAAAUUUUAUUGAUAGGUGUAGUCUUACAUAUUGUUAGCCUGGGAUCCAGCAGCUUCAUUGAAGAAGAGCACCAAAUAUGGUACUUUUUGUGGAGCACUUUGGCACUUGCAAAAUUGUAUGACUGUAUUGUAUCCUACACUUCAAAAAUGGGAAGCAUUUCACGUGAGAAUGUAACAAAACAGAAAAUGAAACAAUUAGUCUGCAGAUGGUUAUUAGCAGUCACAUUCCAUUGCGUACUCAGAAAAUUAAAUCAAACUGGUGACAAAUGGGCGCAUUUGCCAGAUAUUGGAGACUGGCUGACACUUGAUGAAAAUAAGACAUUCUUAUCUGGUGUACUUUUACUUGGUUUAUUUGCUUUGAUUCUGUGUUGCUUCAAUAUCAGCAGCACUCCUUACAAAUCUCGAAGCAAUUCACUGAUUGAUCUCAGCUUGUAUACAGCAGCAGCUGUGUGUAUUUACCUAUAUAGAGCAGCCAUUGGAAGUGUUCUACUUCCUUUUGAUUAUCCACAAUCAAGGGGUCUGUACGAGUCAUUCGGAGUGUGGUGUAUUUUAGGAGUAAUAAUGAUUAAAUCGGUGUUGGAAGUUUUAUUCACAUCACACCACCAGAGCUAUUAUGCCAGAAGAUGGACAGUCUGUGCAAACAUACUACAGAAAACAUUUUCUGUAAUUACUGUUUGUUGGAUGAUACUGUGUGCCUUGAUCUACAGACCAUAUAAUGUGCUGCUGCUUGGUUGUAAUGUGUGUAUAAGUCAACUGAUAUAUGAUACUGCUGUUACAUAUGGCACGACCAGUUGUAUUUCACUACCAGUUAUGCAUUACUGGCUUGGAAUGGUCUUCUAUUUCUAUCAGGGCAAUUCAAACAGCUUGGCAAGUAUUGAUGUGGCUGCAGGAUACAUAGGACAAGAAGAAUACAACAUUGCUUCAGUUGGGGCACUCCUUAUUGCACAUACAUAUUGUGCUCCCAUUCUUUCUUAUUUACUUUUGAUAAGAAAUAUUUGCAAGCAUUCAGUUCAACAUGAUAAAGAAUGGCUUGAUGACCAGCUGCACAGAUUGUUUUGGUUUGUGGCUUCACAUCGAUCGCUGCUUCUUACAGUAUAUUCUAUACUUCUUACAUUCCAAAGGCAUCAUUUAUUUGUGUGGACAGUUUUUGCACCUAAACUGCUUUAUGAAGCUAUGUUUACAACUUGCACUCUUGUCAAGCUGCUUUUUACCUUUUUCAUUGUUCAGUCAAUAAUGUAUAAAGAACAAAAAUGUAAACAAUGGAAGUAGUGUAAUAAAAUUUUCAUUAA